AUGAUGCUGCCACCGUGCCCGCCACGGUUUGCAGCCAAGAAGGCAGCUAUCCUAGCUCAACUCGCGCAGCCAGAAGGCGAAUAUGCAGAUGCCUCACCCAAGGGUACCGUGGAUGAGGGCGUUCGGCCAUUGCUAGAAGCAAUAAACAGACUAGACGGAUUUGUCACUAGCAGCAGUUGCGCCGGGCGUGUAGCUGUCUUUAUAGAGGGGCGACGAGGUGGUGUUGAGAUGGACGCCCGUGACGGCAGCGCUACAUUGCCUGUGCCUUUAGCUUCUCCCCCAACAACGGUACCGGCCUCCACUGGCGGCAAGGGUGGCGGCGGCACAUGGCUGUUUGUCUCGCAUAAUCCACUGUUACGGGACGAGGGUCGUAACGGAAGUAAUCAUGGAACGCAGGGAAGCUAUGCGGACACAGAUUGGGCAACGGUUUUCGGUCUGGAGGUGGGAGAAGACAUCAACUCCGACUUGAGCAUUGAGGACGAGGGCGAGCAAAGGCUGGUUCACUUGAAGUUUGAGCCUAUGAUACUCCACGUGCUGACAGCAUCACUCGCACACGCCCAGCUGCUGCUCCGCUGUGCAUUGGCGGCCGGCUUCCGCGAGAGCGGGGCUGUCAGUGUGGCCCCGAAUAGCGGGGACCUAGGGACGGUUACUCUGGAUCACGAGGCGACUAUGCCCGUCGUUGCGGUGCGCUCUAUGGGCCUUGGCUUGGCAUCGGUGGUUGGAGUAGGCAUCGAAGGAAGUGGUCCGGCAUCAGCUAGGGGACAAUGCAUAGUCUCUCGAGGCUAUCUGGCACGUCUGGCACGUGUGACAGACCAGCGGUUCGUCACCAACCGAGAGCGAACGGAGCGAUUCCGGGUUGCCGUAGCAGCUGCCAUCGAGAAAGAGCAGAAUCCACAGGCAUCCUCCAGGGGCAGUGGGGGCAACAAGCCGAGCUGGGAAGAUGCUGCGACACGAAAGGCACGUCUGCGCGCCGAGGGGCUGCAGAGACAGGCGGCCCUGCAGCGGCAAAUCGUGGAAAAGGCGACCGAUACCCAACGAGAGGGGGCAGAUGCGAACGAAGCACUCCAUCUCAUCGAAUAG